GGGAACACGAUUCAAAAUGUAUUCCCAUUGGAAUCCGUUUGUUUUCCAGCACUGGUCAUUGACGCGCUGUUCUCGGCCUCUGCUUUUGCAUGUUUUCCUACCCAAGCGCGAAAAUGUGAAUUUCGCAAUUCAUUCAAAUCGUCCGAAACUGAGCUCAAACAGGAGCAAAUUUGUCAUUUAAAAGCGGCACCUUACCCACUGGACAGGAGGUAAACGCACAAAGGGUAUUCUUAGGUAACGCGUGCCCUAAAAAACUGCGCAGUAAAAAUCAAUAACUAAGUGGCACGCCUCGCAAUACAUAAAUGUGAAGCGCCCCUAAAAUCAAAAGGAAAUGUCCGACGAGGAGGAGGAUUCCGUGUCCGAAGGAUUCUCGGCCAGCGAGGACGAGUGGAAGCCACUUCCAGGAGCAGGAGGGGAGUCAUCCGACGACGACGACAGCGAUUUCGAUGAGCUGCAGGCGGAGGGAGGAGCAGCUGGUUCCAGCGGGCGCUCCUCGGCCGUUGCUGGCAAAAAAGGCAGCGAUCACAAGCCGCCCAGCGGCAUCAAGGGCUCCUCCGUGAAGAAACGCAAGCCCAGUGGCCAGUCACUGCGCUCCAAGCUGUACAACAAGUAUAGACCGCCACCCAAGACCUUUCCUACUUCACCAUCCCAGCAGCAGGAAAAUUCGCCCCGAGCUUCGGGUUCAAAAAACGCCAGAACGCCCAAUGAAAGCGGUGCACGGGAUCAGCACGAUCCUGCUGAUUCCAGCAGCGAAUCCAGUGUGGAGGACUACCUGGUGAAUCCCGCCGAACUCGAUCUGCACUCCACCUUCUUUGCCGGCGGCCAGAAGGACAAGGAGAAGUCGCCGGCGCCCCAAUUCGAUUGUAAUGCGGGCAUCACGAAUCUCUCGGAUUCCGGCUCCGGAUCUGAGGACAACAACGAUAGCAGCUUCGAGGAUAAAGCAGGCAAUGCCUUCGACUUUCGCGGUCUCCUGGAGAACGCGAACAGCUUGGAGCGCACACGGGAUGCACUGAGCAAGCGGAAUGUCACGGCCACUCCGCCGAGGAGCCAGGCUGCCACCAUGGAUGUCAAUGCGCUGCUUGCAUUGGGCGAGAACCAGAACUACCAGAGCGUAGAGUUGGAGGAACGGGAGGGGAAUCAAAGGAAGAAGGCGGGCGGAGGAGGAGGAGCACCAACUGCGCCACCGACACUGGAUGAACCGCCGCGUCUGAGCAAGACCAAGUCGACGCGGAUCAAGCGCCAUACCAAGACGCGACCCGUGUCCACUGUGGUCGCCACUGCCGGCGAUACCGAUGACUCCGAUUUUGAGGAAGUGGCAGAUGCAGAACUUUCCAGCGAGGAGGAGGAGGGCGGCACGCCAAACAUUUCCGGCGACCUAGAGAUCCACGUGGGCCUUCAGGGACUCCGCCCCACUAAGGAACAGAAGACCCAGCACGAGCUGGAGAUGGCUUUGAAGCGUCGCCUCAAUCGGGACAUCAAGGAACGCCAGCUCCUGCUGCACAAGGUCAGCCUGAUGUGCCAGAUCGCUCGCAGUCUGAAGUACAACCGAAUGCUGGGCGAGUCGGAUGCCCUGAUGCAGGCUGCCCUGAAACUCCUGCCCAGUAAGAAUGCCUAUCCCACGGAACGGGGCACUGAACUCAAAUACUUGCAGUCCUUUGUCACUUGGUUCAAAACGGCCAUCAAGCUGCUUAGUCCCAAUUUAUAUUCCGAGCAAUCGACGGCCAGCAAAAAGGAAAUUUUGGAGGCCUUGCUGGCGCAGAUCAAGCGCAAGGAAGCCCGCUGCAAGCAGGAUAUGAUCUUCAUAUUCAUUGUCCUUGCUCGGGGAAUGGGCAUGCACUGUCGUCUGAUCGUAAAUCUCCAGCCAAUGCCACUGCGUCCGGCAGCAAGUGAUUUAAUUUCCAUUAAACUUAAGCCAGAGGAAAAGAAUAAAAGUCAGGCGGUAAAAUCAGAAGAGGAGAGCGAGGACGAGGAGCCCAAAAAACAUAAGAAGGCAGCUAAGCCAGCAGACUUAAAUCGAGACAAAAUCGGUAGCAAGUCAACUGCUUCCAAAGAGGCUCAAAAGAAAAGCAGUGAUAAAAGUACAAAGAAGGAAACCACUGCCAUUAAUACAUCUUCCAGUUCCAAAUCCAUUAAAAAAGAUUCGGAAACUGCGAAAUCAAGUACAACCAAAGAGGUUAAAAUAGAUUUAAAACCCAGUCUCUCAUCAAAAUUGGUUGAAAAAUCAAAACAUAAAGCAUCCCACAGUUCCAGCAAAUCUGACACUUCUUUUGAGGAAAAGCCAAGUGUCUCAACCAUUUCCAAAUCCAUAAAAAAAGAAACUGAACCUUUAAAAACAAGUUUAUCCAAAAAGGAUGUUAAAAAGGUUUUAAAACCGAGUCUUGCCUCGAAGCUGGUUGAAAAGUCCAAACAUCAAACAUCCAAUAGCUCCAGCAAAUCCGACACUUCUUUUGAGGAUAAACCAAGUACCUCAAAAGCGGCUCUUGGUGUUUCCCCUACACAAAACAAAGUCAAACCCCAAUCACUCCUGUUGAAGAGGGUCACCACUCAAGCCAUUUCUGAAGCAGGCGAUGGCAAGAAACCGAGGACGGCUCCUUUGGAUACCUUCUCCCCAGUUGCCGGUCGAACACGCAGAGGAGUGGUGAAACCAAAAACAGAAGCGAAUCCGCAGCUAGUUGGAUCUCCCGUCUUACCCAAACUGGUGCUGUCCAAGGUGAAACAGCUAAAUGCCAAACACAGUGAUACGGAGAACGCUAAUCCGGCGGAGAAGCAUUCGCAGGAGCAGCGCAGCACCCAAGAGACUCGGUCACGUAGCAAGUCCCCAAAAGUACUCAUCUCCCCUACUUUUCUUGAAAGAAAAUCCGUUGCAGGCGAUCAAAAUCCGGCAGCACCGUCGCAAAAGAACCAAAAGAGUCCAGAAACCAAGCCCCGAAUCUCCCCCAACUUUCUAUCCAAAGCUGCGCCUCGACAGCUGCGAAGUCGAGGUCAGAAGACCAGCUCGCUGGGCAUUCCCCAGUUGGAUGGCGGCGAUGAUGCACCGCUGCCUAAGAAGCGUAUAAGGUUGGAGAAGCUGCAAAAAUCACAGGACUCUGACGAAGUAUUCGAACCUGCCAAGCCGGUGAAGAAGGCUCCUGUGCUGCCCAAGUCAGUGCAAAACCUGCGCAAGGAUCGGCGAGUAAUGUCCACCGAUGAUGAGGGCGGUUCAAGAACUAAGUGUCGAAAAGAUGCCUCCGACAUGUGGGUGGAGCUGUGGUCUGAGGUGGAGGAACAGUGGAUCUGCAUAGAUCUGUUCAAGGGCAAGCUACACUGCGUGGACACCAUAAGAAAAAACGCCACACCAGGUUUGGCCUAUGUAUUUGCGUUCCAGGACGAUCAGACCCUUAAGGAUGUGACCGCCCGUUACUGCGCUAGUUGGAGCACCACUGUGCGCAAGGCACGUGUGGAAAAAGCCUGGUUGGAUGAAACCAUCACCCCUUAUCUGGGGCGUCGCACCAAGCGCGACAUCAUGGAGGAUGAGCAACUGCGCCGCAUUCACGCCAAUAAACCCCUGCCAACGUCCAUUGGCGAUUUCAAGGACCAUCCGCUUUAUGUGUUGGAACGACACUUGCUCAAGUUCCAGGGUCUGUAUCCUCCGGACGCACCCACUCUGGGAUUUAUCCGCGGCGAAGCGGUUUACUCCAGGGACUGUGUGCAUCUCUUGCACUCGCGGGAUAUCUGGCUUAAGAGCGCCCGUGUUGUGAAGCUGGGCGAGCAGCCGUACAAAGUGGUCAAGGCGCGUCCCAAGUAUGAUAAGAACACUCGCUCUGUCAUUAAGGACCAGCCAUUGGAGAUAUUUGGUUACUGGCAAACGCAGGACUACGAGCCACCCACAGCGGAGAAUGGACUCGUGCCACGCAAUGCCUACGGCAAUGUCGAGCUCUUCAAGGCCUGCAUGCUGCCCAAGAAGACCGUGCAUUUGAGGCUGCCUGGUUUGAUGAGAGUUUGCAAGAAGCUAAAUAUUGAUUGUGCAAACGCUGUGAUUGGCUUCGAUUUUCAUCAGGGCGCCUGCCACCCCAUGUACGAUGGCUUCAUUGUUUGCGAGGAGUUCCGAGAAGUGGUCGUUGCUGCAUGGGAGGAGGAUCAGCAGGAGCAGGCCCGCAAGGAGCAGGAGAAGUACGAGACUCGCGUCUAUGGCAACUGGAAGAAAUUGAUUAAGGGUGUGCUCAUACGGGAGCGACUGAAGAAAAAAUAUAACUUCUGAAUUUUCGGUUCUCAGAUUUCUGUUUGUAUACUUGUUUCGUUUGAAGUGAUUUUGAUUUUUUUUCGUAUUUGAAACUUAAUUUGAUUCCAAUAAAUUGUGUACUUUGUAAUCAUUUCGAAUUCGUUUAUUAAUCGAUUGUUUAAAAGUUGGUUUUCGUAACUUUACGUAGCAUAGGCGUUAACUGUUACCAUUUGGUUUCAAUUUUAAUUUACAAAAUUACUUUGUUUUCCGAGUAGUUAAGAGAUUUAUAAGAUACAGAACGUUUAGAGAUAAUAAGAUCAUGGUUAAUUGGGUUAUAGGUUCUCCGUCAAUUUAAUUGCAUAAAGUAAUAUUUAGCUGCGAUUCAAGUCUAAAAAAUAAUCUUUACAAGAGCAUGGAAUGCUUUAGCAGACUAGUGAAAUAAAGCGAUUUUCAACCAAA